AUGGCAACCCCAACCGAGCAACCAACAGAAGAGGGUAUCGAGGCAACGCCCAGGGCGUUCUUGGCGCAGUCACUGGUGUUUCGAGAUUCGCCAGAAGACAUGACGUACGGUCGACGAGUGGCCUUGUGGUUGAAUGAAAGGUUUCCCGGGUUCUACGGUCCGGAGUCGGGUCCCAAUGCUCCCUCGUUGGCCAAGGCGUGGGCGUUCUUUGAGCAUGUCACGUUGGAACGGUAUAUUGUACAAGACGACAACGACGAUAAUGAUAAUGAUAUCACUGAUGAAGCCGCACGAUCGUCUGGAAAACGACAAUCGACAGAUCGCAAAAUGUCCAUUGCCGAACCGGGAGAGCAUCACUAUCGGACCAAGCUGUAUCCCCUCUUGACGACACCGUUGAGUCAAUUGGGGGACUUUGGAUUGGGAUUUGGGCUCUACUUUUCGACACUACGGGAUUUUGCCAUUUUGGCCCUUUUGGGUGGUCUGCUCAGUUUGCCCAAUCUACUCUACUUUGCCAGUACGGACUACGAUUCCACCACUAAUGAAAAUCUGGGAUCGGGUUUAUUGCGGGGGUCGGCCAUUUGUCUCGAUCGGAAAUGGGUCCCUUGUCCCACGUGUCAAAAGGACGAAUUUGAAAAGCAAAAUAAAGGGGCCUAUCCCAUCAAGAGAUUCUCCUUGGCGUGGGUCACAGUGCCCUCCGACGCGGGAUACUAUCUCAAUGUCACGGACUAUCUGGAUUGGAAAUUGCUGGAUACCAAUCAUUCCAUUGAAGACAUCAACUCUGAAUCGGAAUGGCUCACAUGGGAUCUUGUAUUCAAUCGAACCGAGGAACAAAACGUGGUUCGUCUCGACAAUCUACGAAACGCCACCAUUCCCACAACGGAUGCAUACGGGAGUAUUAUCUUGAACGAACAGGAUGGAUUCAUUCUGAAUGGCACCAAUGUCACGGAACAACUGGGUUACACACCUCUCUGGUGUGGAUAUUCGACCCCUUCCGACUGCUAUCUGGACUUGUAUCCAUCCAUUACCGAAAAGCACGAGGAUGGAUUUGUGGACGAUCCAUCCCAAACACGUGUCGGUGACUCGGAUUUUGUCGAGGUGGGAUUCGCCCUCAAGAAUCUGUGCGACGGAGCCACCGCGCAACAAGGGUGGAUCAAUUGGGGAACGCUGCUCAUUAUGAUACUGGGGACAACACACAUCUAUUUUCGGACCGAACGCAUGGAAGUUCGCUUUGAUGAAGAUGAGCAAACGGCACAAGACUAUUCCAUUAUCGUCAAGAAUCCACCACCGGAUGCGUGGGAUCCGGAGGAAUGGAAAGCGUUCUUUGAACAAGCACUCGACAAUGAUCCCGAUCAUCCAAACAACAGUGGCAGUCCUCGCAACAAGGUCACAGUGUGCACGGUGGAUGUGGACAAUGAGGCCAUUAUUGGGUAUCUGGUCCGACGGAGGGACCUCCGACGACAAAUCGAAAUGGCGUUGCCACCCGACACCCCCCUCGACAUUGAGACCUUGAAAAAGGAAGUGGAACGGAUCCAAGAAGAAAAGACCGGCAUGUGCUCGUCCAAAUCUCCAGUGCCGCUCAUGGUGAAGAAGCUCGAGGAGCUCGAGACGGAAAUACGAACAUUUUUCAAAACGGUCCAAGAACCGGACACGACCCAGGUGUAUCUCACAUUUGAGACGGAAUCGGCGCAACGUCGCGUCCUGAAACAAAUGUCCAUUGGGACAUUGGAUGCACGCCGCAACAAAACGGAGGGGAUCGAUCCACUCUACUUGUUUCGUGGAAAGCACGCUUUGGAAGUACGAGAGCCGGAUGAACCAUCCACCAUUCGAUGGCAGGAACUCAAUGCCACCGAGUCAACCGUUUUGAUUCGAAAGAUUGCCACCAGUCUUGCCACUGUUGG